AUGGCAAUGAAGGUUUCGAACCGGCGGGCUCUGGCCUCAGCAUUGAGCUCGACGAGGACCGCCCUUGUCCGUCGUAACGAGCCAGCAAUUCGAUGCUUUACGUCGACGCCAAACGCCCGAGUAGUCGUUUCUCACGAUACACCCAAUAUGCGAUCUGCGAAGAGAGACCCUGUUGUCGAAGGUGGCCUCCGGGUGCCGCCAGUAAAUCCAGCGGACAAGUAUGCUGCGAAGGCGGACGAUAUGCACAAGUACGGGCAGUGGCUGAUGGGCUGUUUACCAAAGUACAUCCAGCAAUUUUCGGUAUGGAAGGAUGAAUUGGUUAUCUAUAUUCCUCCUUCAGGAGUAAUUCCGGUUUUCAACUUUCUCAAAUACAAUACCGCCGCCGAAUUCACAACAAUUUCUGAUAUUACUGCGGUUGACUUUCCUACUCGAGACCAGCGAUUUGAAGUUGUGUACAAUAUGUUGAGCGUUCGCCACAAUUCGCGAAUUCGAGUCAAGACGUACGCAGACGAAGCCCAGCCAGUGCCCAGUAUCACAAGCUUAUACGACGGCGCAAAUUGGUAUGAGCGGGAGGUGUAUGAUUUAUUCGGUGUAUUCUUUGUCGGCCAUCCUGAUCUGAGACGAAUUAUGACCGACUACGGAUUCGAUGGACAUCCAUUACGCAAGGACUUCCCUUUGACUGGAUAUACUGAGAUUCGAUAUGAUGAAGAGAAGAAGCGAAUUGUUGUUGAACCAUUGGAGUUAACACAAGCGUUCCGCAAUUUUGAAGGUGGAACUGCGGCGUGGGAGCAAGUUGGACCUGGUGUUGACAGAAAGCCCGAGUCGUUCAAACUACCGACUCCAAAACCAGAAGAGAAGAAAGAAGAGCCAAAGAAAUAG